CAUACACUGUUUCCAGCCACUUUCAAAGUUCAAACGCAGCUUCUAAGUUCUUCCAAUUUUUGGCCCAGAUUCUGGGGAAUUAAUGAUAAAAUAAACGUUUGUUCUGAUGGUGGAGAUUCUGUUAUUCCGGUCUGAUGUGCUGCUCAUGUCUGCAGUUUAUGUAUUGUGACUAUUAGCUUCUAACCUAACCUUGCAUAACUAUUUAUCGAGAAUUUGAAUAUGGACGACAUUUCUAGUGGAGCUGUUAGUUCUUUGAUCUCGCAAGCAAAAGGAACUUCGAAAGUAUUACAAGAGUUGUAUUCAGAGUAUAUAUCUCGGUUGAAUGGUUUCAGUGAUAAAUAUGGGACAUCUUUUGCUUUCUCUAACAUGUGGGGAGAGGAGCGUGCGCUGGGAGCCCAAAUUGUACAAGAAUUGCAAACUCAAGAAGUAUUUAUGGAUUUGUGGAAGCAUAUGGACACAAUGGAAUCAAUGAAUGCGAGCCUACUAGUGAAACUCCAAGCAGUUACGCAAGAGAACGAAGACCUCCGCGAUCAGCUAGAACAUGCUCAGAAAGAACUGGGAGUCGCUCAGGAUAACAUUGCUCAACUGGAAACUGAUAAGCAGGAGCUGGAUUUUCUUUAUCAGCUGAAGGUGUCCGAAUGCGAUGAGCUGAACGCUCGCAUUUCAGAGGAAUUUGAUGACGCUGAGCAGCGUAUCUUCUCCCUGGAACCAUUUUCCCCGCGAUCAAAGCCACGCACUAAUUCCGGUUCUAAAAGGACGCCAUUAAUUUCUGGUUCUGGUGUCCAGACUAAAACAUCGGUUUUCAGACAGCAUGACUAUAAGGAGAACAGUCCCAGUGCUCGCAUGCCGCUGACCGAUGUCGGCAAUUUGACCAUGCGCUUUAACGGAUUGGCCAACCAGACUUUGGGAACCGAUGAUAUUGAUCUGGAAGAACUGACGGAUAAAUUGAGUUGGUACGAGUCGGUUGUGCGGCAGUUGCACACCAUUUUGGCUGUUGAAAUGGACGAUCCGGAUGCCACUUACCAUCAGGAGUGUACGAAAGUCCUGGAACGAGCCAAGCGGGCUAUGGAAUACAGGGACAUUAUCCGUGAUUAUGAAGUUAUGAUUGGUGAAAGCAAGGGUGAAAUAGAGCGUUUAAGGCAAACGCGCGACAGUCUUCUCGAAGAGGCUGAAAAAUCGGAGAAGGAAAAUAAGGAGAAAGUAGAGAAGCUGGAGCGUGCACGGGAUCAUUUUUUCUGGGAAGUGAAGAAAGUGGAAGCCGAGCGGAAGAAAAUGGAAGCCGAGCGCAGAAAAGACAUUGAGCGACUUCAUGAAUUCGAGAAACUUCUCCAGGGAAAAACGAAGAAAUCUGUGAGCGUCAACCACACUUUUACUAAUCUACUACCCGGAUAAUAGGAUUUAUUAUGUGUGAGGAUGGAGCUCACAGCCGGAAAUAAUGAUCUCGUACGAAGUACUUGUACCCGUCUUUGCGGUGACCGCAUCUCGUUACCCUCUUCAUUUUUGUUUGCAUUUUAGAUGAAUUUUGAUAAUCGGGAAUUACAUUAUUUGCUGUGCUGCCGCCAUUUUUUGAAAACGCUUUUUAAAAAAUUUAUAUUUAACUGCGGAUGCGUUGCCUUUUUAGCAUUGCCUUUAGACCGUGCAUUUGCACGGAGCUGUUACAACUAUUAUGUAAACUAAUUUGUGAUUUUGUGCUGUAAUCCGGACAAGUUCAAUAAUUCUGCUUCUGCAGCAUACUGCGUUCGUCUUCGUUUUUAUCGGUAUAAUGUACAAAAUGUAAAUUAAUGUGAG